AUGUGGCAUGAAGAGACUGUGAGCCCAACAAAGGUAAUUUCUGGUAGUUUCACAGGGCCCCGAUCUCUCUUUGUGACAUCAAAUGGUGAUAUUUAUAUUGAUGAUGGACUUAAGAAUGGUCAAGUGCAGAAAUGGAUGGCAGAAACAGGUACCUUUGUCACAGUGAUGAAUGUCAACUCAUCAUGCUGGGGCUUGUUUGUCGAUAUCAAUGAUACUCUUUAUUGUUCAAUGAUUGAUCGUGAUCAAGUAGUAAAAAGAUCAUUAAAUGAUUCUGUGAUGGCUUCAAGUCGUGUUGCUGCUGGAACAGGUAUUAGAGGAUCAGCUUUGAAUCAACUCGAAAGUCCUCGUGGAAUCUUUGUCGAUGUGAAUUUGGAUUUAUAUGUGGCAGAUUCUUCGAAUAAUCGAGUUCAGUUGUUUCAGCCGGGAGAAUCAAAUGGUAUCACAAUAGCUGGAACUACAUCACUAAAUCCAACAAUUACACUUCGUUAUCCAACUGGAGUUAUAUUAGAUGCUGAGAAGUAUUUGUUCAUUGUGGAACUACUCAAUCAUCGUAUUGUUGGUUCAAGUUUGAAUGGUUUUCGAUGUUUAGUUGGAUGUUAUGGAAGGGGUUCACAAUCUAAUCAAUUGUUUAGUCCAUUUAUUUUUAGUUUCGAUCAUUCUGGAAACAUAUUUGUUACUGAUCAAUCAAAUCAUCGAAUUCAAAAGUUUUUAUUGAUGAAAGAUUCUUUUGCUCUUUCAUUCAAUCAACCAAAGUUUUGUCAAACAGCCACUUGGGAUUUUAAUGGAAUUACCUUUGCUAAUCGAUCAAUUGUUGGCUUGAAUCCUCUCGCCAUUUUCGUGAAUACAAAUAUCACAAUCUAUGUCGCUAAUAAAGAAAAUAACACAAUUCUAAUGUGGCAUGAAGAGAGUGUUAAUCCAACAAAGAUCAUUACUGGUAAUUUUAAAGGGCCGUCUUCUCUCUUUGUGACAUCAAAUGGUGAUAUUUAUAUUGAUGAUGGACUUAAGAAUGGUCAAGUGCAGAAAUGGAUGGCAGAAACAGGUACCUUUGUCACAGUGAUGAAUGUCAACUCAUCAUGUGAUAGUUUGUUUGUCGAUAUAAAUGACACUCUUUACUGUUCAAUGCAAGGUCGUCAUCAAGUAGUGAAAAGAUCAUUAAAUGAUGCUGUAAUUACUUCAAAUCGUGUUGCUGCUGGAAAUGGUACUGAAGGAUCAGCCUCGAAUCAACUCAGUAGUCCUCGUGGAAUCUUUGUCGAUGUGAAUUUGGAUUUAUAUGUGGCAGAUUGUUACAAUCAUCGAAUUCAGUUGUUUCAGUCAGGAGAAUCAAAAGGUAUCAUAGUGGCUGGAAAUAAAUCAUUAGAUCCAACAAUUACACUUGAUUGUCCAAGUGGAAUCAUAUUAGAUGCUGAGAAAUAUUUAUUCAUUGUGGAUAAUAACAAUCAUCGCAUUGUUGGUUCAAGUUUGAAUGGUUUUCGAUGUUUAGUUGGAUGUUAUGGAGUGGGCUCACAAUCCAAUCAAUUGGACAGUCCAUUUAGUUUUACUUUCGAUCGUUCUGGAAACAUGUUUGUUAUUGAUCAACACAAUGAUCGAAUUCAAAAAUUUCAAUAUAUCGAAGAUUCAUGUAUGAAUACUUCAUCAGCUGUUCAAACAGUUUAUGCAUCAAAAUUGACAACGAACAGUUCAACGUAUUUACGUAGCUGUGCAAGAUCAAGUUCUUACUAUCAAGCGAUACAAGUGAAUGUUCAUAGAAGUGGUCUUUACACUUUCUUCAGCAAAAGCAAAAUGGACACAUACGGCUAUAUUUACAAAGAUUAUUUCAAUCCAUCCAACCCAGACGAAAAUCGACUCACAGACGGUUAUCAAGGCUGCGAGUCAUUUGGGUUUAGAUUCACAGUUGCUCUUAAAAAUAGUAUUACAUAUAUAUUAAUUGUCACAACGUAUCACUCCAAUGAAACUGGUACAUUCUCAGUCUUUGUAUCUGGCCCAAACAAUGUUGAUCUCAAGAAUAUUAGUUCUCCAUCAGUCAUCGAAAUAAAAUAUUCAGAUGCUGUACAAUCGGGCUAUUCGUCAGAGCUAACUACGAGUAGUCAAACAUAUUCUCGAGAUUGUCGAAAAUCAAAUUAUUACUAUGAAACUAUACGAGUGAAUGUCAUGGAAACUGGAUACUAUGCUCUGAGUAGUGUUAGCAGCAUGGAUACAUUUGGUAAUAUUUACAAAGAUGAUUUUAAUCCAAUGAAUCCUUCCGAGAAUCUACAGGAUUAUCGAAGUUGUAGUUUUCAAGAUUUCAAGUUCAUCGCUUAUCUUUACACUGGUAUUACAUACAUAUUAGUGAUGACAACGUAUUCUCCAAAUGUAACAGGAAACUUUUCUAUUCUGACAUCUGGUCCAAAUAACAUCACUCUUGAUCCUUAUAGUAAGUAUUUUGUAUUAUUUUGUGAUCAUCAUCAAAUAAUUACAACAUACAACUAG